GUUACUGUCAGUGCAGUGACAAUGUCAGCCACUACAGAAGAUGAUACAGAUAAGAAUCCAAAGUUUCCUGAGAAGUUCCGAUGGACGGCAAAGGAAAUACCACUAUUGGUUUGGGUGCUUGGGGUCAUGACCGUACUCCAGUCCCAAAGGUCACUCCAAACACUCGAUGGACAAACUGGAGGAAGUCCUUUCGUUGAAUACCUGCUGGGCUACCUUUUGACCGCGAUACUUGUCGGAAUGCCGAUUGCCUUCCUUGAGAUGUAUGCUUCGCAAUAUUCUGCCAGAGGAAGCGUUGCCACAUGGGACGUAUGUCCACUUUUUAGAGGAGUUGGAUAUGGAAGGCUUUUAACACUACUGCUAUUCCAAGCCUACUACAACUGCUUAGUAGCGUUGUUGUUACUGUAUGGUGUUCGUGCGAUCACGGAACGUGAUAGUUGGAGAUGUGAAAAUAAUACUGCAUACUGCUUCAAUUUUGAUGGAAGAAAUGGUGCCAAUGGAAGGUUUAGAACUCCUGCGGAACGGUACUAUCUUCAAGAGAUCUCUAACGGUGCCCCACAACUCAAUAAAGACUGGCACGUGAACUGGGAAUGGAUAGGAUCGCUACUGUCAAGUGCAGCGCUUGCAUUGCUUGGUUGUUGUCUAGGCUGUCGCAUUCUUAACAGGAUGUUCGCUGUUUGCCUAGGGGUGUCAUUUAUACAGGGAUUGCUUCUCCUGUGUGCUUCUAACGUCACGAUGGGUGGACUAUCAGGUGCUGAGCGAUUGGUGAAGUCUGUCCAACGUAUCGGUUGGAAACGCCUUUUCAAGCCAUGGAUAUUACACUCGGUCACUCUUGAGGCGUUUCGGGAUUUCAACGUUGGAAUCGGCAUUGGAUUAGGUUUGUUCUCUACGAUAUCCGCAACAAGGCCUUUCAAAAGCGGACUCCAUGGCAGUUCGAUCCGACUGAAUUUGAUUCAUUUGGAGGAUAUGGUACUUCAAAGUGUGUUGACAGCCAAUCUCUAUGGCAUCUUGUGUCAUUUCGGGAAUCUCAAUAUGGAACAAGUUAUUGGUUAGUACGAUAACUGUACACGUGAAGCAAAAAUCACAAAGAAGUGAUCGUGUAAUAAUUUUUACAACCUUAAACCUAUCUAACAUAUGUCAAAAAUUCUAGUGAUUAUUAUUUGUGUUUUUAGAAAAUGGGUCUCUUUCUAAGAUACUGUAUGUCGAUCUGUUUUAAAACAAUUAGCUAAAUUUGCACUACGCCUGCCGUGGAUAAAGGCAGUGGAAUUAGCGAGAAGCGACCACCAACGCUGCACUCCCUUUCUGUGACAGAUCUUCCCAAUGAUGUAUUCACAGUGCUGCCUCAUGCAUUAGCCUUCUUGCCUGGCUCAAACUUUUUCUGGAUAUUCAUUUACUAUUCCAGCAUAUUCCUUAGAGGAUUAUGUUGUAUGGCAUUGCUUAUUCAAGCAGUUAUGCAGGAAAUGCAUGAAUGGAAGCCAAAUGUUUUGCGGUGCAGUCACUUUUUCAGCACCAUGAUUAUUACAUUAGCUGCUACGCUGGUGAGCUGCGCUGUCAUAUCCACUGGAGGCAUGCCAUUUAUUGCUUUUCUGCACGAGUGUAUCCGGCAACUAAUUUUACCGUGCCUGAUUUCCUUCGAAGUCAUUGGUCUGCUGUACUUCUACGGCAUCUUCAACAUCGCUAAGGAUGUACACUUCAUGAUGGGCCUCAAAAUAUCCAAAUAUUGUAUAAUACUGCUGACUCUGAGUUCUCUGGUCGUGGUACUACUUUCUGGCAUUAGUAUUUACAGGUUCUAUCAAGAAGGAGGUGACAAGAUCUUCAAUGGAUACCACAAGUAUCUGCUAUCAGUAGUGCUCUCUUGGAUCCCGUUAAUGGCAGCAGUACGGAUUAUCAGGAAGAAAUCUUGGAAAGACGUGUUACGACCAAACAAAGACUGGGGACCACCUACAAACUAUCUGAGGCUUAGCAGGAGCAAGUUCAAAAAUAAAGACGACUUCAAUAUCGAGGAAUAUAUUUAUGAAAAGCAUCUAAAACAGAACAAGAUGAAUAAAUAUGAUUGAUAACGCUUUGUAAUUAUGUGCACUUUUUACCGAUUUUCAGUUAAUAAACCCUAUUAAGA